AUGACCAACUCCGCACUUCCAGUGGAACCAAACCCAACUAACACCAAUCCAGUAACUACUAUCACCUCCAAUCCAGCGAAAGAUUUAACCAACCAAGUUGUAAACAUGAACAAACAAAAAUCACCAGUCAACAAUGUUAUGACAAACAAUGCUAUUAUCGAUCCUUUUGUAACAAACAAUGUUUCAGUCGAUCAAGUGCCAGUCAUGACAAACAACCUUCCAGUUCACCCUGUGUCAGUCGUGUCAAACAACGUUCCAGUCGUCUCUGUUAUGACAAACAAUGCUGUUAGUAAUCCAGUUGUAACUAAAAAUGUUCCAGUCGAUCCUGUGUCGGUCAUGACAAACAACGUUCCUGUCGUAACAAACAACGUUCCAGUCGAUCCUGUUGUAACAAACAAUGUUCCAAUUGAUCCUGUUAUAACAAAAACUGUUGUAAUUGAUCCUGUUGUGACAAACCAUGUCCAAGUCGAUCCUGCUCUAGUCGAUCCUGUAAAAAUGAAAACUGUUCCAGCCAACCCUGCAGUAAAAAGCAAUGUUCCAAUUGAUCCUGUUGUUCCAGUCAAGCCUGUUGUGACCAACAUUGUUUCAGUUGUUUCUGCUGUGUCCAACAAUGCUCUAUCAAAUCUUGCAACAACAAACCAUGUUCCAGCCAAUCCUGCAGUCACAAACAAUGUUCCAGCCAACCUUGCAGUCACAAACAAUAAUUCAGUCGAUCCUUCAGUUGCAAACAAUGUUCCAGUCAAUCAUGUAGUAACAAACAAUGUUCCAGCCAAUCCUGUAGUAACAAACAAUGUUCCAGCCAAUCCUACAGUAACAAACAAUAUUCCAGUCAAUCCUGUAGUAACAAAUAAUGUUCCAGCCACGCCUGUAGUAAUAAACAAUGUUCAAGUUGAUCCUGUCGUAAUCAAAAAUGUUGAAAUUGAUCCUACUGCAACGAAUAAUGUUCCAGUUGAUCCUGUUGCGGCAAACAAUGUGCACAUUUUGCCGAUCAUUCCGAACAAUAUUCCUGUUCAACCUGUUGUUACAAACAAUGUUUCAGUCGAUCACGUUGUGACAAACAAUGUUCCAGUCAAUCCUGCUUCGACAUACAAUUUUCUAGCCAAUCCUGCGAUAACAAACAACAUUCCAGCUAAACCUGUAUUAACAAGCCAUGUUGAAGUCGAUCCAUUUUUGACCAACAAUGUUCCAAUUGAUUCUGUAGUGACCAACAGUGUUCCAGUCAAGCCUGUUGUGACAAAUAAUGUUCCAGUUUUGCCGAUCCGAGCAAACAAUGUCCCAUCCGAAUCUGUUGUCACAAACAAUUAUCCAGCCAAUUCUGUAGUAGCAAAUAAUUUUAAAGUUGAUCCUAUUGUGACCAACAACUAUCCAAUCGAUCAUGUUGUCACAAAUAAUGUUCCAGUUUUACCGAUCCGACCAAACAAUUUGCCAGUCAACAUUGUUGUGACAAACAAUGUUCCAGUUGAUCCUGUUGUUACAAACAAUGUUCCAGUUUUACCGAUCCGACCAAACAAUAAUCCAGUUUUGCCGAUCCAGUCAAAUAAUGUUCCUAUCGAAGCUGUCGUAGCGUUGGUACCUUCUGUGUCAAACAAUGUUCCUAUCGCAUCCGUUCAUCCAGUUUUACCAUUAGAUAUCACAAACAAAACAUCAGUUUCGCACACUGACCCAGGUGACCCCGGUGCUCUAAUCAAAAAUAAAAGCCCACUGGCAAAAACUGUAAUCGAGUCAAUUCCUAUAAAACCAGGAGCAAUAAUUAAUACUGGUCAACUGCAGCCAGGUGGUGCUACCAGCAGUUCCGUUUUAUUGCCAACUGCAGAAGUCCCGUUUACCCAAGGACAAAGAGACCAAUUGCUAGCUUUAAAUACCGUAGCUGAUAUUGUUAACAAUACAACGGUUAAUGGUAGUAUUUCACCACCAGAAAACCAACAGUCCAGUGUCGCAGUCCAACCAAAUAUUAACCAACCUCCCACUGCAACAUAUCCCAUUGUGAGAGGCCCAAUAGAAGCACUUACUAAAGUUAAGCAACAGCCAGUAUCACCGUCGCUGACCACUUUUAAUAACCUUAAGCCAGACAAUGCUUCAAAGAUUGCAAUGCUUGCAAAUACAUCGGAAGUUGUUUUAACACCCAAUACGAAAUCUAGACAGAUCAAUACAACCCAUACAACGUACAUUAAUAAGUUCACCACAGUGACAAAUUCUCCAUUAGCAGAUGUAUUUUCCGUGCGUCAAGGACAAGUUUUCAAUCCAGCAGCUUUAACACUCAAAGCAUCUCAUUCCUCUGUAUCUAACAACCAAGUGACCACAAGCCACAGUAAUCAUUCGGAAGUGUUUCUGCAACAGCAUCACAACUCCAGUGUUCCAACUGUCAUUACCACUAAUAAUGUGGAGAGGAGUAAACUUAACCUUUCAAACCACGAUAAUUCUCGAUUCGUAGAUGUGUUUGCCCACACACCGGUCAAUACAUCCACUAACACACGCAGGUUAACCUCUAACAUCUUCGACUCUCUACUGAAACAAGGUCACCAAUUAGAUUACAUCCUGAAACAUACCCGCAAUGUUCCAGUCUGGCAUUCAUACACACUUUAUAAUGGAAGUGUUUUAACCUGGAUAACCAUUGAUGCUAACUCGUCUACCAGUCAACAAGUAUUGGAUCAGACUUCCAAUAAAAGAACUACCAUCUCAACAGGGGCUAGCCUUGGACAAAUUUCAAACGCUUUUGAUCCGGUUAAACCAACUGGAGUUUUCUAUCAUCCCACCAAUGCACAACCUGUUGCAAAGGCUACUGGCAAAUCACAGGCCUCGACAGCCCAAGUUGGUGAACAAACAGUAUAUAACGAAACUGGCCUUCUUAUCGAUCCAGAGCUGAGUCAUUUGGAACCAAACCAAGUCUCCAAUACGUCAGAUGCAACAGCUAAUAACAAUAGAACUGUCAGCAAUACCACCUCAACACCACACGUUGUAGAAACACCAGCAAAUGAAGAGAAUAUACCAACAGAGGUUGGAAUAGCAUUAGUUCCAGAAGUCGGUAUUGUUGCUGACCAAAGUCCCGUUCUAAGCUCGUCUUUGGUGGAUUCACCAAAGGAAAUUACAGAGAUAUCGAGCAGCAAAAGGGCAAAAGUGCCCAAUGAAGUACACAGUUACUCAACCGCGACCAACCACAAUACAGUGACAGCUGAAACUCCUAAACUGAAGACCAGUAUAAGUCAAAAGAACACAGAUGAAGUAAUCACCAGCCUCAAGAAUCUUAUCCAACGACAUCCAUCUACCACUCACACUAAAAGGAAAUAUACAUCAGCCGAAAUUAAGAACUUAAACAAAAUCAAUCCGACACGAUUGCUUUUCACCAUCGCUGAUCCCAUGGACAGUACCACACUACCUACUACAAGCACAACAGUGAUUCCAGCAACGUCUACAGUCAUUGAUCAAACCAUUCACAACACAGCAAUCAGUAACAACCGCAAAGAUCCAGUUGGUAGAAAUACUCAGACAUCAAUAUCAUUUAAUGAACCAACUCUAUCUAUAACAUUGGGAAAAGCUGACAGUGUUUCUAAACCCACAACCACUCAACCAUCGACAUCUGACUCAUUUAAUUCAAAAGAUUUUUCAGAACUGAGAAGUAUUUUGGCAUCAAACGGAAUAAAAACAGCAGAAGAGCUAAAUCAAUUGUUGAUGAAGAAAAGUGAAACAGAAAACAGACAAAAGUUAAAUUCUAUAGCAGAACAUUUUACUAAGACGGACAAUAAAUGUCCUAGCGAUAAACCAUGUUUAUGGUGUCGUUCUUCCCCAGCAUGGAGUUACGUGGACGGUAUGUCUGGAUGGUGUAUGAGAAACUGUAAAACUCAAUCCUGUGUUCAUUCAAGAUGUAAAUGUAAAUGUGUCGACGAUGAUGAAUUCUCCACUCUCUUAAAAACUAUAGCUUCUAGUGAUCUGAGAGGCAAAUAACAGUGCACCAGCGUGAAUGAAAACAGAAAAAUCCAGACGAGGUACCUUGUCCAAGACGCCAUAUAGCCAAAAUAAAAAAAAACAACCGAGUGAUAGAUGGAUUAUUUGUGCUGUUUGAAUUUUGUAGAUGGUGAAUGAAUGCAUGCAAGAAUAUUGUUGAGUCUGAUAUUUUAUUUUAUUAUAGUUAAAAUUACGAAUUCGGGAUCGUAAGUGAUAAAUAUUUACAUUCUUCAGAAAAUGAUGAAACCCACAGAAUUACAUUCACUAGUUAUUACAAUGGAUACGGAAAAAUGUUUACUUUAAACAUGAAAUUGUAAUAGCUCAUUUGUCGAAAUGAUAUCAAUUCCCAAACUUAUAAGUAAUAUUUUGAAAGAUCAAGAUAAGUAUUUACGCACAUUGUUUUUAUCUUAGAUAAUCCAAGGGGAAGGCUCCUGGUUCAGUGAUCAAUUGUAACUUACCUGAAGGUCCAAAGUUCAAUACUGACAUAGGUCGAGAAUAUCAAUUUUUUUAACUCAGUUUCCCCCUGUCAGUGAUGCAGGUCGGAGGGACUGACCUGGGAAAUGUAGUAGAUCCAUCGACAGCUGGAAUUCGAAAAACGAGUAGGUUUGAUGUCACAGCCUCGAGAAAAUUUGUAAAUAAAGUGUUGCCCGUUAAACCAACCAGGUGCAGAAAAGUAGGACUUUAAACACCAUUUCAUUUGGAUGUGCUUCAUUCUCGAAAACAUAACCAAAUAUAAACCAGAUUGAAUCAGUGAUCUGAUAUUAUAAUGGUUUGAUGACCAUAAUUAUGAUGACUGGAACACUAAAAUCAUCUUGAGUUAAAUUUGUGAGAAUUAGGUUCCUGAAUGACAAGACAGUUAUAACGAUAAACCAUAUUUUUAUUUUAUACUAUUUUGUCCAUAGUAAUUUGGGCUUUGUAAAUAGAACAAUUUAAAUAAUUUAAAGUGCCAUUAACGCAUAUGGUUGCCUUUGUCUAUAGCCGUAGCUUUUGAUUAUAUUUUCAGAUUUUAUCAUUUAUAAUUUGCAAAUGUAUACUGGACUAUGUACUGUUUCGAAAAAAAGACAAUUAAAAUUUAGCUGGUCACUUCAAUCUGUUAUGGAUUCAGACGAACAUUGCGUCGCAUUUAUAUUCUGUAAAGUGCUGUAGUCUUAGAAAUGAAAACGCAUGUGAACUUUUAUAGCAGUUGAGAAAGCACUGAUAUUAAAACGACAGGAUCCUGAAGAAAAGUGUGAAAAACUAGAGUAUCAAAUUCUCAAUUUACAUUUCAGUCGAUAUUUUGUUAGUGUUUUUUGCUUUUGUCAUAAAUAUAUAUUUCAAAACAC